AUGAGGUUCGUCGCCCUGGCCACUGAUGUUGCCGCAUUGCUCAGCGCCUCGCGAUCAGUAGCUGCCAAGCACGUCGCCCUGAGGUCUCGCCAGAUCGACGCAUAUCGCAGGACGUGGGAGGCGACCGCGAAUAGACCGGAGACCAGCCAGUCGGAGCCCCCCCUUGCCAGGAGCGGAGGCAAAGCAGACGAGCCGCCGGUUCAGCCAGCAGAGAGCCCUCUGAAAGACACCGAGGUUUCCUCAACGGCGGCCCAUGCCUCAACGCCGGAAUCUCCAGACGCGCAGCCCGAGGCUCCUGUUGCGCAACCGAAACCAAGCAGUGGCGGAUUGGGGGCCGAGGACGCAUCGGCAGCAUAUGCGAGGGCGUCGCAAAAGAGACAAGAGGCCUUGAGGGCAGCUGCGGAGCAACGGCAUGUGACCGGCGACAUCAACGUAAACAUUUUCCAUACGUCUCACGGCUCGACGAUCUUGGGCUCCCUGAGGAAGCGAGAGGGGACUGCUGCGAAGAAGGGACAAGCUGGUGGGCCGGCAAAGGAGCAUCCUUUGCGAUAUUGGCCACAUUCGCCGUCGCCGCCGCCGCCGCCGCAGGUCGCGCCGCAGGCACAAACACCAGAGCCAGCGGAGACGAAACCUAUACUGGAACAAGAUGACGUCGUCGCUCAUAAGAUCACCUUGCCGCCGGCAGAAGAACCUGCACCGCACAGUGACGCCCCAGAGGCAGACGCUGAGCCGAGGAAAGCAGACUCGGAGGUGGCAGAGCCGCCACAAGCCGUCGCCCAAGCCGCGGCGCCCUUCAACGCCGCUACGCCAGCCUACACGCUUCGGGAAUCCAAAGUACCAGCCUCACGCCUCAGCCGGCUGUGGAACUAUGGAGGCCUCGCGGCCGGCAUGCUGGGAGGCGCCGUGACGGAAGGUGUAAGCCGAGCGUUGGGCGGCGGCGACGGCGGCCAAGGGUCCGCACUGCUCAGCGGCAGGAACAUGGAACGCAUGGUCGCCAAGCUCUCGCGGAUGCGCGGCGCAGCCCUCAAGCUCGGCCAAAUGUUGAGCUUCCAGGACUCCAAGAUGCUCCCGGGCCCGAUCCAAGAGGUCCUGCAGCGAGUGCAAGACAGAGCCGACUACAUGCCCGGCUGGCAGCGAGACAAGGUCCUGGCAAGCAACUUGGGAAGCGACUGGCGCGCCCUGUUUGGCGAAUUCGAAGAGAAGCCCAUUGCGGCCGCGUCGAUAGGCCAGGUCCACCAGGCGACCCUCAAGUCGACGGGAAAGAAGGUUGCCGUCAAGAUUCAGUUCCCGGGCGUGGCAGACUCCAUCAACUCGGACCUGGACAACCUCGGCAUCCUGCUCAACGCCACGAAACUGCUGCCCAAGGGCCUGUACCUCGACAAAACCAUUGACAACGCGCGGCUCGAGCUCGGCUGGGAAUGCGACUAUGAGCGGGAGGCCCGGUGCGCCCUGCGGUACAGGCGGCUCCUCCGGGACGAGGGAGCCGUCUUCCUGGCCCCGGACGUGCACCCCGAGGCGUCGGGCAAGCAGGUGCUCACCAUGGACUUUAUGGACGGAGCCAGCGUCACGCGCGUCGCCUCGUUUACCCAGCAGCAGCGCGACUGGAUCGGCACGCAAAUCAUGCGCCUGUGCCUGCGGGAAAUCACCGAGUUCAAGUUCAUGCAGACGGACCCCAACUGGACCAACUUCCUGUACGACGCCGGGGCCAACAAGCUCGUUCUUCUCGAUUUCGGCGCCUCGCGCGAGUACCCCGACGACUUUGUCCGGCAGUACGUGCGGCUGCUGGACGCCGCGUCGCGCUCGGACCGUCCGGCGGUCAAGCAUCUCUCCGAGAGCCUGGGCUACCUGACCGGCCACGAGAGCAGGGCCAUGCUGGACGCGCACACCCAGUCCGUCCUGACGCUGGCGGAGCCGUUUAUGCGGUCUGCGCCGGAUGUGUACGACUUUGAGGACCAGACCAUCACGGCGCGCGUCAAGGCCCUGAUACCGGUCAUGCUGAGGGAGAGGCUGGCGCCUCCGCCCGAGGAGACGUACAGUCUGCAUCGGAAGCUGAGCGGCGCGUUUCUGCUGUGCGCGAGGCUGGGGAGCAAGGUUCCUUGCAAGGAGCUGUUUGCGCAGAGUGUCGGAAGGUCUGGAUACGUCUGA